AUGAAGUGUGAUGUGCCCUUUUCAUCGGCUUUCAUGAGAACCCUCCACACUCCACGCCGGCUUUCUCACCCCCUCACGCCCUGCAACCUUGUGCUCAGAAUGUUGAUCCGUCUGCCAUAUUUUUACGCAGUCCUCAAUCUCUGGAUCUUGUCACUCCCUCUUGCCCCGUGGGAUCCGUCUGCUACCUCCCUGGUUCAAGUAUUUCGCUCGACCCCUGCCACCCCAUCUGUGCUGCUCGAGGCGUUAUUUCCCACACUCAAGCCAUUGCAACAUGGACCACGCUUCUGGUACAACCUACCGUCAGCCAACUAG